AACCGUUAACCGUUAACCGUUGACACGACACUUUUAACACAUUAACUCCGCCACCGCGUCGUUAUCGUUGAACGAGUGGACGCAGUCACAUAAACGUGGCCGUGGCGUUGCGCCGGCCGAGUAGUGGGCGGUGAAGGCGGUUGAUUGAUGAUUAGAUUUACGGUGUGGAUCACGGCGGGGAGAGAGGAUGACUCACUCCGUCUGAUGUGAUGUUCACCCUGCAACGGCUCGGCAGUGCGGUGGCACGCCGGUAGUUCACCCUCACAUAUCGGUGUGCUCCACCAAUAAAAAGUCCAAACUUUAUCAAAGUGUUAAGACGCGUUUGGAUGGCGCUCGGAUUCACUGUUUUGUUUCAAACUUGAGUCGCUGUCACUCGGUAGUUAGGGAGAGACCGAGCGUCGUGAUUUACCGUAAAUUUCGUGACGCCUGAUUGCCAUGGAAACAGUGCUCCUGCGCUGAGAGGAAACUGUCCGUGUUAACUUCAGCAUCAACCUCUCCAACGGGGUCGGAUAAACCUGUUGGAUAUCUCACUGUUUUUUCUUUCCUGUUCUCUCCUUGUGUUGCUGCUCUGGCUUUAUAUUUAUUUUUACAUUUUAAUUUGGCCACAAACCAGCCCUCUAUUUCACAGGUAAGGAUGAUGGAGCUUCAAUCGGAGAAGAGGUUCCACAACCUAACCCUCGAGCAAGUCCAAGCUCUGGACAAGGUCCUGACUGAGGUAAUCCCCAUCCAUGGACGGGGAAACUUUCCCACACUGCAGGUGAGAGCGAAAGACAUAAUUCGUGUGGUGAAGGACCGGCUGGUCGAAAGAGACAUCCAGGUAAAAGAUAUACGUCUGAAUGGCGCGACUGCCAGCCACGUCCUAGUGAGGGAUAACGGCCUGGGCUAUAGAGACUUAGACAUCAUUUUUGGAGUGGAGCUGCCCAGGCAGGAGGACCUCCAGGUGAUUAAGGAGGUGGUGCUGGGCAGCCUCCGAGACCUCCUACCUUGUGGAGUUAACAGACGUAAGAUCACCUGCCUGACAAUGAAGGAGGCCUAUGUGCAAAAGAUGGUGAAAGUCUUCAAUGAGCAUGACCGAUGGAGCCUCAUCUCGCUCUCUAACAACAGAGCCAAGACCGUGGGGCUCAGAUUCGUCAGUUCCCUUCGGAGACAGUUUGAGUUCAGCGUGGAUUCCUUCCAGAUAAUAUUAGAUCGCAUGCUGGAGUCUUACUGGGAGACUGAAAGGAAGCAAGGAGGAAAGUUGGCAUUGAAUGCUGGGAAUUUGCCUAAAAGAGACAACGAGGAUAAAAACAAAGAGCAAGAGCAACCGAGCAUUCCUCGGGAUGCUGCAGCAGACAUGGAAAAAGACUCCUCAAUGGCAACCGGCGGAGAAAGUCGGUGCCAGGAUGAAGCAGGUUCUGUGCCUGAGAAGGAGCUUCCACAUGCAGAAGCUGAGCAUGUAGGUGGAAAGCAUGAGGCAGAGGAGGUGUUAGAAGUUGAGAGCAUUAACUUACAGCAAGAGGAAGAGGAAGCGGAUGGCAUAGAGGAUGUUCAUUCAGAGGAGGACAUUGUGUUUGUUGAGCUAUGUGGAGGAAAUGGAAAAGAGAAAGGACAGUUUCACAGUGAUUAUCCUUUAGUUUCAACCCCUAAAACUUUGUUUACAGAUGUCAGGGAUCCGCUGAUGACGCAUGCAUGUUUGAAGCUACAGAGUAAUGAAGAGCUAUCUGGGUCACAAGUUUCCCAGCCAGCAUCUGUAACGCUUACAGACAAGUCAGCACCACAGGAAAAAGUCCAUUGUGAAGAAAUAACUCAGUUCAAAGUAGACUCUGUAAUCUGCAGGACUGAGAAUACCUCGAGCCUACAAGACUCGCAUCUUGAAUUUUCCUUUCCUCCUCCAGCUAAGAAAACAUGCAGCACAUCACAGGACAUUGUACCGGACUACUGCCCCUCACCAAAGUUACAAAGAAAGAUGUCCCGAAAGAUGAUCAGUAAGCCUGAGAAAUGGUCAUUACUGACUGAUUUGUCAGACCUCACAACACAGCUCUUUCUACCCAUAGAAAUACCUAAACCACUUCAGCCAAAGCCUCCCUUGCAGGACAGCGCUCAAGUUCAUUGUUCAAAUGUUCCAGCCUCCAAGCCAGAGACCUUAGACACCCUCACAGUUCCCACAUACAGUCCAGCCAGUACGCUUCAAGACAGGACUGGGACGAGUGAAACUGUCGAACGAAGUGUUAAGCCAAAGCACUCGAAGAAGCCUCCUGAUUCAGACACACAAAGCCGCACAUGUGCAGCCAAUGUGGCCUCACAGCCUCAGAUCAGCGAGCAAACACCUGAGCUGGCAGACACUGUCCCAAAAGGCUGCAGGGUGAGCUCCUGGGCCGGGGCAGUAGAGGAGCCCACCAUCACUGUCGAAGCAGAGUGCAUGUACGGAGACUUUGAACAGGCAAUGGACCAUCUCCGCCACCGCCUCAUUGCCACCCGCAACCCAGAGGAGAUUCGAGGAGGGGGCCUGCUAAAAUACAGUGACCUGCUGGUGAGGAACUUCAGACCAGCCAGCGAGACAGAGAUCAAGUCCUUGGAGCGAUACAUGUGCUCCCGCUUCUUCAUCGACUUUCCAGACGUGAGCGAACAGCAGCGGAAGAUUGAGGCCUAUUUGCAGUGCCACUUCAUCGGCAACGAGGAGGCGAGCAAGUACGACUACCUGAUGACCCUGCGGCGCGUGAUAGAUGAAAGCACGGUGUGUUUGAUGGGACACGAGAGGAGACAGACCCUCAACAUGAUCACUGUCCUGGCUCUGAGAGUUCUGGGCGAGCAGAAUGCCAUCCCCAACACGGCCAAUGUCACCUGUUUCUAUCAGCCCGCCCCGUACAUGACAGAGCCAAUUUACAGCAGCUACUUCAUCACCCAGGCCCAGCCCCCACUCGUCUACCACCCCUACCCACUCCAUGUCCACAUGCAGACUGGCCUGGUGUAGCUACAGUGACAUGCCCACAGGGAGGCAUGUAGGCUGCUUUCAGCAUGGUGCUCUGCAAGCAGAGGCACAAAUGGAAGUUUUAACAACAACGGGCAACCACGGGCGCAGUGUUGUUUAAUGCUUUGAAAUCCCUCCUGCAUAUGACAUGAAAGAUGAUGAAAGGUCAGAACUGAAAGGGGUCUGGAGGCAAAGCAUGUCACCCUUUCAAGAUGAACACUUUUGAAAAGGAAAGAAAACGCCAAGAGCCCACAUUGGAGAGAGCUCUCAGAGAGGAUUUCAUUGAAGUGAAGGGACUUUGUUUACGGCUGUUUCGGCUCAGUUUUGGCAGGGCUCUGUACUGGUCACCUUCCCCCGUUGAGGAGAAUGUAAUGUGAUAAUUCUCUGUGGCUAGAAGAUAAACUUCUUUAACAUAUUAAAACAUAAUCUAUAGAACAUAAACAUCUUGAUUUGGUUCAAGUUUGAAUAAUAACACAUUCCUACCAUUUCUGAAAACCCUGUACAGCUGUUUUGUGAAUCAUCAGUCUCUGUGGAGUAAAUUUCAGCAUGUGGCUGUACCUGUGUAUUCACUGUAUAGAAAUAGGACACCUUUCACUGAGGGCAUAGAUUAGACUAAAUUUGCUGUGGUAUUUUCAUGAUAUUGUAAGUUCUGUAUUUGUGAACGUAAACACCUGAUUUCAAAGGUAGAAACGAGAGAUUGAAGCUUCAGUUCCAUUAGGGACUGUAAGAAAAUUAUUUGGGUGGUGAGGGGGGCUGAACCCUAUGUUUCACUUGGUAAAAUAAAUAAAUACAUAAAUCAAGGCCCUGAAAACGUAUCUUAAGUAUUUCUCUACACAUUGAAUAUUGGUGAAUAUUAAACAAUCAAAAUUAAAGUUCUGAAAAAAACCUCUUUAUUGUUUACUUUUAGUUUUAACACUCUAAAACUCAGCAAAUCAGGACUGUGUGCCUGUGGUUCAAUCAGAUUUUAUCGACAGUGGCUGGGCAUCAUGAGCAAACAACCCACCAACUCUCAAAAGAUUUUGAUUCAAAAACAGAAAUCUUUCAUGUGAAACAACCAGAACUGUUCAAACUUGAAAAAAAUGUGUGUUGUUGUAAGACCCCAUCACUCUUAAUAAAAAUAUAAAAAAUAUUAAAUGUUUUCAGGGCCUUUAAUGUUUUCUUUGACUAUUAAAAGCGUAUUUAUGUAACUAUUAACUACGCUGUUAAGAAAAGCUUAGCCCCAAUCAGCUGAGCCCCAUUAAUUUUCCUAUGGUCCCUUAGAAUAUUAAACCAAGCUCAGAGUGGCUCUGAUCCCAAUUAGUGACAGAGUUUAUGGUCUUAGGGAGUGUUUAGUCGUGCUUUUGCAUUGUAAUCAUUUUUGGCAAAGUGAUAGAAGUUAUAAAGCAGGAGCUGUGGCCAUAUCACCCUGAAUUCACCCCGCAUUUUAUCAAAUCAAUCUUCCUACUCCGUGUCAGAGAAACAGCACAAGGAUUCGCCUCCUGGUGGCAUUAUGAAGAAAGCCUUGGCUGUCUGUUUUGCAUUUUGAAGAAAAUUAUGUUCACAAAUCUAAAGUGAACAGCUGAAAACACAGAGAGCAGGUUGAAUUCUGUUUUUUUACCCCUCAAAUUUCCACCUUCAACCGGUUGAACAGACUUCCUGUGUGUAUUACUGGUGACCGUUGUUUGUUGUAGUGGACGUAGUGAAUGUCCGUCCUGUUGGGGUUUUGCCUACCAUUGUGAGCAAAAAUGUUACUGCACAUUUAAAUGAUUCAGUCCACGAUGCAGCCAGCGGUUAUUGCACUCUGUCCCUGUGUGUUUGUUCAUUGUGUAUGCAUAGCUACAGUACAUGUUCUCAGUAUUUCAAAAAAAGACAAUUAAAGCACAGGACAUGUGGGCUGUUUAAACUAAAUCUGAGACUGAAGCACAAUGUAAAUGCACAUAGCUAUUGUUGAAUAAUAAAGGUGUUUCUGACAUGCUUGUGAAUCUCCAACUAAAUAUUGAAAACAUCUAAAAUACUGUAUGCGGUAGUACCCUAUGUAGCUUUAAAGUGAUGUAUCUAUCUAGAGACUUUGGGUAUGUUGUGUACUGUUAAGGAUCUGUUUCACCAGUAGAGAAGUUAAAAUAUUCCUGUUAUUAUAUCUAGUUGCUCAGAUUGUUGUGUUAUUGUGGUAAUAAAUAUAACACAACCA